CAUUUUAAGAGAAAAAUAAUAAAGAACAACAUAUAUUACUGCAGUUUCCUUUCUGAAGUGUGUUGUAUUAGAAACAAGAGGAAUUAUGUUACAAAGAAAGAGGUUUAGACAUUAAUAACACAAUAAUUAACUUUGUCUGUACAUUUAAAGAGUUAAAUGCUUUUAUCAUUACCAUCGGACAUGAACGGGAACCUUCUAUCGCGUCUCCAAAUCUUCACGGACAUUUGAUCACGCUGGACCCAAACCGGAAGUGCGUCCCUGCUUUGACCUGCACAGUGUCUUCAGUUUUCAUCACUAAAAUGUUGUUUUAGCCGCUAAAAGGAGACAUGUUUACCCUAAAAGCACUGCAGAAAAACAAAACAAUCAAAUAUGGAGUCCCCAUGCUGCUGCUCGUAGUCGGAGGUUCCUUUGGCCUGCGAGAGUUCACACAAAUCAGAUAUGACUCCCAGAGGAUCAGGAAAAAGCUGGAUCCGUCUCUGGAGGCCAAAGUGAACGUGGAGCGGCAGCCGGUCAUCCUGGAGGAGGAGUACGAGAAGAUAAAGAAGUUGAAAAUGGACGAGUGGAGGAACAUCCGGGGCCCUCGUCCCUGGGAGGACUCGAGGGAAUACCAGGAGCAGCAGAGGAGCCGACCGGACGAAAAACCCUGAGGAUAAGAGAGGGACUCCACUUGUAAUUUGCUUGUAACGGAUUGCAGUUUCUCCUGGACGUUCAAAUGACGCCACAUGAGCCCAAAACCUUGAAAUAAGUUCAGGGUUAGUCUUAGAUUUAAAAAGUGGUGCAGGAAUGAGUCCUAAGAUCUGGAUAUUAGUCAGCAUUUUAACACGUCCUGUCCCCUAGUCUUGAAGUCAAUGGUUUUCUGGCUGUGUUUUUGAUUGUGAGCCUGAAAUAAUGUCUGUGGUUAACACAAGCUGAAGAGAUUUGAAUUCUGCGACAUUAAAUACGUCAGUAAAUACCCCACUGUAAUACAAUAAUCCAAAAUCACAUGGUGAAAUCCCAUUGGACCAGGGAGAUGCUGCCUUCAGGGUCCCACACAGAAAUACGCCACACCUGCAUCACUGUAUAGAAACAACCACAAGGAGUCACAUCUGCUGCCGCACUUUCCACACUGAUGGCAAAAUAAAUAUACUUAUAUGAUUUCUAUGUCUGAAUAAAUUAUAUUAUAUUGAU